CUGUCUCAUACACUGAUGCUUAUAUCCUCUUCUUCCUCCUCGCAUUCGAUCGGAUCACGAGCUUAGGGUUUCUCCGCUUACCUAAACCCUAGUUCAUAACCGGAUCCCCUCCAUGGAGGACGAAGCCGCUCUUCGCCAAUCCCUCCUCCCCGAAGCCGCCCCCAAGCUCCCUCCGCCUCCCCCUCCCUCUCGGAGCUCCUCCCUCGGCCCCUCCCGCCCCCCAUGGGGCGGGGACUACGGCCUCGGAAGCGAUGACCGGAGGUUCGCGUUCUCUCGCCAACACUCCCUUCGCCAACCCGAUCUCCGUUCCCCGAUCCCCGCGGAGAGGACCCGAUCCUCGCGGCCCUUCCUCGGGCGGAGCGAUUCGAGCAUCAGCAUGCCCCCCGUGGAGAUCGACGGGCUCGGGCAGGGUUUCGGCGAUCGGGGCGUCACCGAGAAGCUCACGGCGAUCGGGAUGGUGUCGUCGUUGGUCAAGGCUGUGAGGUUCGGGAAUCGGCCGAUGAAGCGGCUCGCUUUGAUGAUCUCGCUAAACGUGGCGUACUCGACGGCGGAGCUGUUGAUUGGCAUCUUCACCGGCCGUGUAGGCUUAGUUUCAGAUGCUUUCCAUUUGACAUUUGGUUGUGGACUCUUAACAUUUUCCUUGUUUGCUAUGGCUGCUUCUCGAAGGAAGCCUGACAAAGUGUACACUUAUGGGUACAAGAGAUUAGAAGUCUUGUCCGCAUUCACAAAUGCUCUGUUUUUGUUGUUUAUGUCAUUCUCAUUGGCUGUUGAAGCGCUCCAUGCAUUUAUACAAGAUGAAUCUGAGCACAAGCACUACCUAAUUGUCUCUGCCGUGACGAACCUUUUGGUGAAUCUACUCGGCGUUUGGUUCUUUCGGAGCUAUGCUCGUGUUAAUAUCGUUUACAGGAAAGCCGAGGAUAUGAACUACCACUCUGUUUGCUUACAUGUUCUUUCGGAUUCAAUUCGUAGUGCAGGUUUGAUCCUGGCAUCGUGGUUUCUAACAUUAGGGGUUGAGAAUGCGGAAGUCUUGUGCUUGGGGCUUGUUUCAGUCACAGUUUUCAUGGUUGUAUUGCCGCUGUUCAAGGCAAGUGGCAGUAUCUUACUGCAAAUGGCACCUGCAAGCGUACCCCCUUCCGCCUUAAACAAAUGUUGCCGACAGAUAUCCGCUCUUGAGGAUGUAUCCGAAGUUUCUCAAGCUCGGUUUUGGGAACUAGUACCUGGAUACGCCAUUGGCUCACUCUCCAUUCAGGUUAAAAAAGGAGCGGACGACUACUCGGUCCUUCAUUAUGUGCAUGGCUUGUGUCACGAUUUGGGCAUACAGGACUUGACGGUUCAAACCGAGUUUUCCUAGUACCAAUUUUCAGAUCUCCUUUCGAAGGAUACAUAGAAGAAUGCGAGUAAGUGGGUUAUAACCUAUUUCAGUAUUUUUUCUUACUGUUAUACUGCUAGAGCCAUUGUUAUUAAGAGUGUAUAAUUAGCCUUAGUAGUUAAAGUUGGGGGGUUUCAAUUUCCCCUUAUUUCAUAAUUUUGUGAAUAUAAUUGAUGGUGGUAAUGCCCUAUAUGGCUCGAAUCGAAGAAACAUACGCCAAUUUUCAUUUAAAUCUUUUCAGUUU